GAAGAUUCAUCUGCAAAGCAGAAGAAUCUUAGGAGGGGUGUUUGGAUGUAGGGUAUGUACAUACUAUACACGUACCCCGACUUUUGGCUCAAGGGAAAUAAGCGCGAGCUGCCGGGUUUGAGCGUCCAUAUACAUUUUCACUUAUAGCUACUACUACAGUUUAGCAUUGCAACAACACCAUGUCCCCUUUCCAGGUGGAAGCCAAGCCGUGGUGCUCGAAGAAGCUCAUUUGCAUCCUUGUGACUCUCACGAUCUUGGCAGGAGCCGCAAUCGCCGCUUUCUGGCCCCAGAAUGUGUCGUGGCAGUUGACCAAUUUGGAUGUGCUUGAUCAAGCUUCAUUGACCUUCUUUGUGAUGGCCUUCAGCAAUGGCCUCUCCAACAACGCUACUUUGCCAGACAUCACCUUUCACGCAGGAGCCAAGAUUGAAAACCCCAACUUCUUGGGUGGGACUGCAGAGUCUGGCGAGUUCAAGGUCCUUUUCCAGGGCAAAGAGUUGGGUGGAGGUCGCAGCGAUCCUGUGGAUGUUCCGGCUCUGGGGAGCAAUACGGUGGAGGCGGAUGUGCGGGUGAAGCUCAAUCCCACCCUGUUCCAUGAGCUCACCACUGACGUGCUUGCAAAUUCCCUCCACACAAACAUCACAGUCCAAGGUGGAGCAAUGGUGAAAUCGAUCUUCGGAUUGCAAGUGCGCUGCAGGAUGAAAUGUGACAUUUUGGCAUCAGUCUCUGAAAUCUUUGGAGACACGAAGCAAGCAGUCAUUGAAAAGAAGACGUGUGUUUACCACUAUUUCUGAGUUUUCACGCCACCCUUCCAAAAAGCCCACAGAUUUUAGCUAACGGAAAAUGGAAUUCAUUGGCGGCACGGCUGGUAAGAUCCAUGCCCCAAACCGAGCAAGGCACAAAGGACUUGCUCCUUAGUCCAGGUCCGCACGUUUGUUACACCUGCGGUUCCGGCAUGCAUGUAUUUCCACCCGCAAGGGUCCUUGAAAUUCGGCGUUGUUCAAGAGCUCAGCCUGUUGCAGUGACCAAAAAGAACUUCCAUCUUGAGUUGAAAUGGUCUUCCAUGUAAUCAUCCUUCAAUUUUACCGCAUGGAAAACGACCUCUAGGGGGGCGUCAGGCCUGCUCAUAAAGAAAAUUCAAUCCUUUAUAUAGUCAGUUGGUUGUCGUACUUACUUGGAGCGUCCAAGCUUCCUAUCCCCGCAAGACAUCUUGCUUUCCGCUGAGGUUGAGGAGCCUGCAAGGCCAUCAGAGGCCAUUGUCUCUCACAAGCUGGUUGGAAUACACUUCAUGGAUCUAAUUCCAUGUGUUCAUGUUUACUGCUUUGUUGGUACGAGCCUUGGAUGAGGUACUGCCUCGACAUCCCCGAGGGCCUUAUGCUCAGAAAGUUGUGAACACCGGGGAUGCUUAGAUGAUCCAACACCCAGGACAAGGCCACGUGAUGCCCUCAGCACCACAACCCAGGCAAGGCUUAAACUUUCACAUGUGCUGCAG